AUGGGAAUUUGGGAAUAUACUCUUUAUUUUGCCACCACAACUUGCUUAUGGAGUGAUAUUAAAGUAAAUUGGGAUGAGAAGAAUCAAGUACUUACAACUAACAUUUGGUUACAGCUGUACUGGUAUGACUACUAUCUUCAGUGGAACACCUCUGCAUAUCCUGGUGUGACGAGAGUAAGAUUCCCUGAUAGUCAAAUCUGGAAACCUGACAUCUUACUUUAUAACAGUGCUGAUGAAAGAUUUGAUGCCACCUUUCAUACUAAUGUGCUGGUGAACUCGUCUGGUGCCUGCCAGUAUCUACCACCAGGGAUAUUCAAAAGCACCUGCUACAUCGAUGUCCGAUGGUUCCCCUUUGAUCUUCAGAGGUGUGAUUUGAAGUUUGGCUCCUGGACGUAUGGAGGAUGGUCUCUGGACCUGCAGAUGAUUGAGGCUGACAUCACAGGAUACAUCGCCAAUGGAGAGUGGGACCUCGUUGAGGUUCCGGGUCGGCGGAAUGAGAGAUUCUAUGACUGUUGUAAGGAGCCAUACCCAGAUGUGACAUUCACAGUUGUGAUGCGGAGACGGACGCUAUAUUAUGGUUUAAAUCUACUCAUCCCCUGUGUGCUCAUCUCUACACUGGCACUGCUGGUCUUUCUGUUGCCUGCUGACUCAGGCGAGAAGAUCUCUCUUGGGAUCACUGUCCUGCUCUCAUUGACAGUUUUUAUGCUUCUGGUAGCAGAGAUAAUGCCAGCAACAUCAGACUCUGUGCCUUUAAUAGCCCAGUAUUUUGCCACCACCAUGGUUAUUGUUGGACUGUCAGUGAUAGCUACAGUCUGGGUACUACAAUACCACUACCAUGAUCCUGAUGGAGGAAAAAUGCCAAAAUGGACACGAGUGGUGCUGUUGAACUGGUGUGCAUGGUUCCUGCGAAUGAAGAGACCCGGUGAGGACCGAGUUCGCUCAGCUUGCCACAACACACAUCCGCGCAGCAGCCUCUCCAGCGUUUAUCUGAACAUCAGCACUGGAGUAGCUCAGUCCACCAAUGGAAACUUGCUGUACAUCGGUUUCCGUGGAAUGGACGCUAUUCACUACGCCUCUUCACCGGACUCAGGGGUCAUCUGCAGUCAACUUGUUGGGACAGGUGAGGAGGACGUGCUUCUACCUGGGGCUCAGGCGCCCUCCGUAAACAGCGGUCAUGGAGAUAGUGAACUGUCCAAAAUCUUGGAUGAGGUUCGGUACAUUGCCAAACGCUUUCGGGACCAGGAUGAGGAAGAGACUGUGUGUAAUGAGUGGAAGUUUGCUGCAUCUGUCAUCGAUCGUCUUUGUCUCAUGGCAUUUUCCCUGUUCACCAUCCUCUGCACUAUUGGUAUAUUAAUGUCAGCCCCCAACUUUGUAGAGGCCAUAUCCAAAGAUUUCUUCAACUGA